AUGGAUAAAGUGUGUGUAUGCCGCGAUAAGUCUACGUGUAAUAACUCUGGACUUCCCGGCUUGGUGCUGAGAGCUGCCCGACCGACCCCGCUAGCUAGCUUGCUAGCGCUCGGGAUCGUACGUGUAUAUUGUACGUGUACCCUGCAUCUCGCGAGCUUGCUGAACGUAGACGUGGCGUACUCCGACAACGGAUUUUACAGAUAAAAUCAUGGCGAUUCGUCGACGAAACGGCAGCACUAAGAAUCCUCCUAUCUUCAGUCAUGAGUUCAUCAUCCAGAAUCAUGCCGACAUCGUUUCCUGUCUCGCAAUGGUCAUUCUUGUUGGCCUUAUGUUUCAGGUGACCACCCCCCUGGCCUCCAUGUUUGUGAUUAUGCAAUACAACAUCACCAGCAACACUACUACAGAAGCCGGAGAGACUGUAGUCGAGGAAGAGACUCGCUACAUGCAUGGAUCCAGGGACUCCUUCUGUAUUGCAUUCUACUUCCUGAUCAGUAUCGUUCUUCAUGCUGUUGUUCAGGAGUACAUCCUAGAUAAACUGAACCGCAAGCUGCACCUGUCAAAGGUCAAGCAUUCAAAGUUCAACGAGUCAGGUCAGCUGGUGACCUUUUACCUGUUCUCGAUCUUUUGGGGCAUGGACAUUAUGAUGAAGGAAGGAUUCACUCAGAACUUGUCUAACUUAUGGGAAGGCUACCCUCAUGUUCUACUCUCUUUCAGAUCCAAAUUUUACUUCAUCAUUCAGAUUGCCUACUGGAUCCAUGCUUUUCCAGAAUUGUAUUUCCAGAAAGUUAAAAAGGAAGAAAUUGGUCCCAGGAUCCAAUACGCCGCCUUCUAUUUAUUCUUUGUGGUUUCUGCCUACCUUCUAAAUUUGACGAGGCUUGGGAUGAUGUGCAUUGUGAUACAUUACAUAGCAGAGCUGACUUUCCAUGUUGCCAGACUUUUGUACUUCAGUGAAAAAACAGAACUAUCAGCACCUUGCUUCACAUUAUGGGCCAUACUGUUCCUUCUGGUUCGACUCAUGACUAUCUCACUCACGACACUCACAGUGUGGUUUGGAUUAGGCAAGGUAGAAACCCAGGGCCUUGAUAUCUCUAAUGGAAACUUCAAUUCUCCUUUUUCAAGACUGACCAUCUUGACAGCAGUGUGCCUUUUCCAGGCGUGGCUAAUCUUCAACUUCCUCAUGUUCCAGCUGCGCAGACGUCGUGAAGCCCAGCUGGCCACCGCAAAGCCCCAGCGCAAGAUGGCUCCUACUAAGACAAAGGAGAAGAAGAAGAAAGAAGAGGUGCGAGCAAUCGAAGGAGGUGAGCAACCUGAUGCCCUCACAGCUUCCCCUGUUGCGUCUGACUCCCCCCACUCAGAAAAUGGAAGUGUCCGGGCAAGGACCAAGCCUAAGAAGAAAUAAGUCCUCUUCUUCUUCAGCCCAUUGGGUGAUUGCCUAGCAACAGUUUCCAUCAAUUCAGCCUUGCUUAUCAUCUUCAUGUUCAUGCAGCCUUCCAAAUCGUGUGAGCGUCAGUUCAAGAAAAAAGUGUGGGAGGAGUGGGAGAAAAAGAAAGAUUUAAUUAACCAUUUUCCAUUCUUUGUCAUUGGUCUUUUACCGUCAUCUUAUAACACAUCUUUUCAAGUGUUCUCCAUUUAUCAUUCUCAAAAUCCUUCUAGUUCUUGAUAUAGUUAUCUUUCGAGUAGUUUCCAUAGUGUUAUCAUUCAACUCUGCACUUAAAGAGCUUUUUUGUAACUCUUUCAUUUAGUAGGCUUGUUGUUUUUAAAUUAAUCACAUUUCCUUCAUUUCUCAAUAUUUACAAUUUACGUUUUUUCAUCCUUCCUGACUUUUGAGCACAAAAAGAGGCCUUGGCCACCUGAUAUUACAUUUCAUUUUGUUUUUCAAUGCUUUUUUUUAAUAGAAUUAUAAAAAAAUACUUGAUUUAACUUAACCAUUUCAAGUUUGGUUUUGCAAUGUUAAAGUUAAACAUAUUAAUGUUGAUUUUAUUAUUUGAUGAAGUGCUGAAAGAGCAAACAUUAUUUUCUAGGGAUUUUGUUUUUAUUGUGCAGAAACCAUAUUCCCACUGAAAAGUUAUAAGAAAUUAUUUUAUUUACAUCCUCUCUUCAAAUUAAUCAUUUCAAAUUUUGUUUUACAUUUUCGUUCUUUUCUCCUAUUUAUGCAUAUAGUCAGUGUUAUCUAUGGCAAGAAAAAGAUUGCAAAUAGAGGGAUACAUCUGGCCAAAAUGGAAUUUAUUUUUAUUUACAAAAACAAGAGUAAAAGAUGGAGAUAGAUUUCAUGUAUUUUUCAGUGUUGAAGUUAUGUCUAAAAUUUGUUUUCAAGUUUGCGUAUAAAGAUGAUAUGCAUGUAGAUAUUUCAGCAUUUAAUGUAAUACACUCAUAUAUCAUAGAUGUAGACCAGGCCUGAUGUAGACAUUCCUUUUUUCUGUCAUUAUAGUAUUAUGGGUCGUAUUGGAAAUAUGACAUCAUUUGCAUGCUUCACAUUAAUUUGAAUAAUUAAAUAUGCAUGUUGUAUAAAAAUUUAGUCUCUUACAUUAAUUUACAGUAACAUGUAAUUUGAGUAGAGUUUGUAAACGUAGUGCACCUGUAUUAUUACUGAAACUCUGAUAUAUUGUCAAAGAGAGAGUUACGUUCAUGCAUACUUACAGGUUCUCACCAUUACAUAACACACUCCCACAUGUGUGCAACUCAAGAAAGUAAAAUGUGAAAGGUAGAUACCCGCAGUCUGGGGUUUACAAGAGCAAUAGAUAUUUCAGUGCCUACCUUCACUGUUUAAGAAAGCUUAGUCCUCCUAAACUGUUACCAUAGGGUACUGCACUGGGAAUUCAUUCAAUUUCAUCAAUCAUGAAUAAUUUCUGCAGAGAACCUUAAGUUUGUAAGUUGUAUAACUGAAUAUUCCCUUGUCAUAACUAGAAAAAUAGAUAAAAACAGAAAGAAAAUGAUUUCAUACUCCUCUACCUAACCACUGUAUAUUCUGCCUGUGGUAUUUAAUGUCGGUGAACCACGCAGUCACUAUAAAAGUUCCACAUAUUCAUGUACAUUAAAGAAGUCUCUUAUAGUCUACUAAGUAGACUAUUAAAUAUUUGUUGUCAAGUUUUCUUGCCUGGUUGAUAUGUUGAAUUGCAGAUACCACUAAAAACUGGAUAAUUAUGAUCUUUACCAUGUUUUUUUGAUUUAGAAAAGUGAAAAUAAUAUAAUCAGAUAGGAAUGAAAGACCAGUUACGUAGGUGGAGGAUUUUUUUAAUUUUAUGAGUAAGUAUGAACAUAGUUAAAAAAGAACCCACUUCUGACAUAAUUUGAUAUACCGGUAUGUAUUAUACAUAAUGUUGUCCUAAUCCCAGUGGAAACAUCAGUUAUUUAUUUCUGAUUGCAAAGUGUGCUAAAUUUUGAGACGUAACAACUCCUUGGCUUCGACUACCCUUAUUAUAUGACUUUGAAUAGUUGCAUUCACUUCACCACAAUCUUAUCGAUGGGCUAAGCAGUUUACUCUGUAAAUUGUUAAAAAAAUGUUCAGAAUUUUUACCAAACCUAAGCUCCCACAGUUAAGCUGAUAGUUGUAAGGGUCCUAAUACUUUAAAGGAAUGGAGUUUUCCUUUGUCAUGUAGGGAUGUUGUCACAGACACUCACCUGGUCAAGAACAUGAUAUAGUUACCAAAGAUAGAUUUCAAAUGUUUAGACCGACUGGUAACUCCAUACAUUUGAUGGUAUCAUUGUAAGUCUUUUCAUUUUGUUUCGUUUCGUUCAGCCCAAGAUCUUACUUUUGUGUUUACAAAUAUAGUGCUGAUAUUUAAGUUACAUGUUCUUAGUACAUUGUACAUGUAGUGAACAGUGAAAUAGAAUUACAAUGUAUUUCAUGUAAAAUAUAAAUGGACCAAAUAUUGACCCUUGUGGGAAGCCAUGAAUUUAGUCGUGGUCAGGUCAUGUGUGCAAAUGGUUUGCAAAUAUUAUUGAAAAACGAAUGUAGGAGAAUGACUAGACUAAGAUUUUGUUUUAUUGAAAAUUGUAUUUAUUUGAAAAUCAUAUGAAGCCUAGGUUGCUUUCAUUGAAGCUAGUAAAUUAAUCAAAUUUAUUCAUAUAGAAUGCAUAUCGUGUUAAUAUAGAGAGUUAAAUUUUGCAUCAGACUUAGAUUUGUUUAUCAAGACAGGCUUUUUUAGAGGUCAGGAAUUAUUUAGCACUUACCAAGUGCUAAGGUUGAGUUGAUAAUAUGCAAAAUGACUACUAACUACUGCACAUAACAAUUUUAACCGCUGCAUGUGAAUGAUUUUGAUGCUGUCUCAUACACAUAUUGUAAUGUAAAGUUCUUAUUUUGUCUUUUACCUUUUCUUCAGAAUUUUUAUCAUUCUUCAACACAUCUUGUUUUUUGCUGAUAUAGCGUAUACUGGUACUGGUAUGUUAAUCAUUAACAUUGAAAUCGGGUUUAAUCAAAGUUUCCUGUAAACUUGUUUUUUUCUGUUGUAUUUUCCCCCUCAUCAAUGCAACUCUGGUAACUGUUUCUUGAGUUGAUAUCAGUUAUGCAUGCCUAACAUUGAUACUUAUGCAUUGAUCAGUGAAUUAAAGAAAAUGAUUGAGAUAUUUCUUUUGGUUAGAUUUGUAUUGAUAUUAAUCCCUUGCUUACAGGAACCAAGUGGUCCCUGUAUGAAGCUUAUGGGAGUGAGAUUCAGUUGUCAACUGGUGAAUCAGAGCCUUGUUCCCAUUUGCCGCAGUAAUUGCCACUCCAAAAAAGAAGAAUCGUGUUCGAAUAGCAAAUUUGGGUAAAAACUAGAGGCUGGGUGAAACAAAGGCCCUUAAGCAUACCGUACUCUGUUUUGCAGGUUUCUUAUGUGCUUCACUUUUAAGUGAUUUUAUUUUGUUUCAGCCGUUUUCUUUAAGUGGUUUACUGAGUCACGUCUGAACAAGGCUUGGAGGAGAUGCAGGCAUGGUCAGGUGAUAGUAUGAGACAAAAGAAAUUUAAUUAAAGAUCUAGUUUUGAUAAAGAAUGUAUUUGUAGAAAAGAGUCACAAAGCUAAUUUCGGUUGUACUGUUUAUUAGGGAUUGUUGGUAUAUUAAUUUGUAUGUAGAUAUGCAUGUGGUUUAAAAAGUAUUAUGUAAUUGAUGUUCUCCAAGGAAUGCAUUUUCCUUUCUGUUUUGUCUAUAGUUCAUGAGUAUUACUAUGAACGUUCAUGGUUACAUGUAUCAAAACAAUUCUUUUUCUCCAGCCUAUGUAUUUUCUUUGACUUUUGCUUCUAAAUAAAAGUAAACACUUUAAAGUUCA